CUCACCCUCCAUCUAUAAUGAGCCCACCGUACUCUCUCCACCUUCAUCAAUGACUCUCAAGCCCCAUACCCGUACCCGCCGUCUCUCCGGCUGCUACCUUCACCCAUCCGAACCGGUCACCGGCUUCUGUGCCUCAUGCUUGCGCGAUCGCCUCGCCGGUCUCGACCCUUCGGUUCACCCAGAACCCUCUUCCUCCUCCACUACCACCUUUGUCCGGAACAAAGCCUCCGCAUUAUCCUCCUCUUUAUCGCCGGAGCUCCGCCGUACCAAAUCGGUUUCCGCCGGAAAAUGCGGAUCGUCUUCUAGCUUCUCCGAGCCUCGUCGGAAAUCGUGCGAUGUUAGGGUUCAGAAGACUCUGGCCCUUCUUUUUGACCUCGAUGACGAGAAGACUGAGUCGAAUAAAGAUUUGAAGGUUGAAACGAAGAACGUACGGUUUUCCAAGUUCACUGCCACUGAUACGGUGUUCGAGUCUGGAGCAGAAGGGGAAAAUGGAGAAAAAAUCAGGGUUUCCGAGGAUAUUUUAAUACCAAAUGUGAAUGUUGAUGGUGAGUUUGAAGAAGAGGAGCCGAAGACAAUGCAAGAACUCAUAGAUCUAGAAUGCCAGAAUGGGAAGAAAAAGGUCAAAGAUUUAAGAGAGAUUGCUGGAAACUUUUGGGAUGCUGCAUCCGUUUUCAGCAAGAAAUUGAGGAAAUGGAGUCAAAAGCACAAAAUGAAGAAUCUUGGUGGUGAUAAUGUCGGAUGCAAUGGUGGUGGCGAUUUGUCGGAAAUGCGAAAUCAGAAGCUGUUUGGGCGUCAAGUGAAUUUGAGGGAGACACAAUCGGAGAUCGGAGAAUAUGGAUUUGGGCGAAGAUCUUGUGAUACAGAACCGAGGUUUUCGGUUGAUGCUGGUCGGAUGUCUGUGGACGAUUCGAGGUUUUCAUUGGAUGAACCUAGGGCUUCUUGGGAUGGAUAUUUGAUUGCGAGGACUAUUCCACGGCUCACCCCGAUGCUAUCUGUUGUUGAUAGCAUGAUUCUCCCACGGUUUAACAGGUCUGAUAAUCGUCGGAUGUCACGUGAUGGGCCAAUUAAUGCGAUCAAUGAAGAUGACUCAAGUUCUGGUGGAUCAGCUCAGACUAAUUCCGACUCUUCGUCUUCGCAGAGGGGAAGUAGUUUUGAUAGGUCAAGUUCUUUCAGGAGUUCCGCUAAUAAGAAAGCAUUGGGAUCCGUGGUUGAUGAGAUGAAUUUUAAGGCGUCUCCUGCAAAUGUGGAUGUUUUUCACCCGACGAAGUUGGUUAUUACAGAGAGAGAAUUGAAGAAUUGGCAUUUGAAUUCUCUCAAAGAUGAUCAUCUAGAAAAGUUGGAGCCUGUAUCCCAGGAAGUUACUUCUGUUAAAGACAAUGAUAGCUCAAAUGGAUUCAAGAAGUCCAACAGGUGGAGGAAUGUUUGGGGUUUCAUACACAGGUUUGGUGACAAGAAGUACCAAAAUUUUACUGCCAAUGUAAUUGACCACUCAGUGGGUGAGGUUAAUGACAAGCAAACCAAGGAGGCUGAUGGAGGAGUGAAAGCGGUUCCUAGUGGGAAGCAUAUCCGCAGCAGUUCUGUUAGUUCUAGGAAUUCCUGCGACAUGGUUGGAUCAUAUCAAAGGGCAGGAAAUGUGGUUGAGACCAGCAAAAGUGUAACACAAGGCAGAGAACAGUGCUUGCUGGAGAGGAAUCAAAGCGCCAAGUAUUCUUCAAGCAACUCUGACAAUGGCAUGUUGCGGUUCCAUUUCACUCCAUUGAACAGCUAUAGGAGUAAAUCUGGAAAAUAUCGGCUGCAAAACCCACAUUCUGUAGCCAGGAUGAACUGAAAAGAAGGUACACUCAAUGUUCUUCAGCUGAGUAUGGCAUGUAAAGAAGAUAAAUGUUAUUCUUCUUGUUCAUUGGACAGAAGUGCAGUACAUUGUUACUUUUUUGUGUUUAACGUGCAUUUUUCAUUAGUUAAUAAAAGAUGUUUUUUACUUUUCUUC